CAAUUUGACCUUUAACCGCAAGCUGCUAGCAAGAAGCAUGCCUAUCAGAUAAUCGUUUCCGGCCUGUAGCUAAAUUUCGCGCCCUAGCUGCGUAUAUAAACGGGCACAAUUUCGUAUUUACUCCUCGAAAGGUUACAAGAGACGAAGCGAGAUGACGUUUGAAAAAAUAAAAGGAAAGCUCGACUCCAGGUCUAAAUCCAGAUCUCGCAGAUCCAAAUCUCACCGAAGUAAGAAGAGCCGAAGAUUACGCGGGAGCAGUAUCUGGCCACGAUCUCGUGGAACCGAUCGUGAUGACCGAAGAGACUCUGGAUCAAGUCGCUCUGUCAAAACUAACUCGGGUGUAGAGUCCCCACAACGCGAAGACAUGAAGGUCGUGCACGUUCAGUCGACCCGCGGAAGCGGAUGCAGAAUGGUAGCCUACGUUGUAGCGUUUAUGUGUCUCAUAUCGGCUGCGAUAUACGCCGCGCACAGCUAUUUUGAAGGCUUUGAAAUACCCUACUUGCAGCAGAAAUUGUUUCGAGGGUGAAAACGGAGAACGACGACAGUAGGAAUUUUUUUGCGGGGAUGAAGAGUCGAGCAAUUAUGACAUAAAUUACAUGGAAGUAGAAAAUAAAAUUGUGGGCUUCAACCUAUGA